UCCCUUCCUCCCUCCCCAGCCCCUCCACCGCCUCCCUCCGCCGCCGCCUGGGCCGGCUCCGCGCCCCCUCCGCGGCCCCCGCCCGCCCGCCUGCCCGCCGCCCCCAUGGUGCCCGGGGUCCCCGCUGCACGGGGCCACUAGGACCCUUGGGGUCCCUUCCCCUCCCCCGCCCUGUCCUCUCUCCCGCGGCGCGGACCCGGGCGUUCUCGGCGCCCAGCUUUUGAGCUCGCGUCCCCAGGCCGGCGGGGGGGGAGGGGAAGAGAGGGGACCCUGGGACCCCCGCCCCCCCCACCCGGCCGCCCCUGCCCCCCGGGACCCGGAGAAGAUGUCUUCGCGGACGGUGCUGGCCCCGGGCAACGAUCGGAACUCGGACACGCAUGGCACCUUGGGCAGUGGCCGCUCCUCGGACAAAGGCCCGUCCUGGUCCAGCCGCUCACUGGGUGCCCGUUGCCGGAACUCCAUCGCCUCCUGUCCCGAGGAGCAGCCCCACGUGGGCAACUACCGCCUGCUGAGGACCAUCGGGAAGGGCAACUUUGCCAAAGUCAAGCUGGCUCGGCACAUCCUCACUGGUCGGGAGGUUGCCAUCAAGAUCAUCGACAAAACCCAGCUGAAUCCCAGCAGCCUGCAGAAGCUGUUCCGAGAAGUCCGCAUCAUGAAGGGCCUAAACCACCCCAACAUCGUGAAGCUCUUCGAGGUGAUUGAGACUGAGAAGACGCUGUACCUGGUGAUGGAGUAUGCAAGUGCCGGAGAAGUGUUUGACUACCUCGUGUCGCAUGGCCGCAUGAAGGAGAAGGAAGCUCGAGCCAAGUUCCGACAGAUUGUUUCGGCUGUGCACUAUUGUCACCAGAAAAACAUUGUACACAGGGACCUGAAGGCUGAGAACCUCUUGCUGGACGCCGAGGCCAACAUCAAGAUCGCUGACUUUGGCUUCAGCAACGAGUUCACGCUGGGCUCAAAGCUGGACACAUUCUGUGGGAGCCCCCCAUAUGCUGCCCCGGAGCUGUUUCAGGGCAAGAAGUACGACGGGCCGGAAGUGGACAUCUGGAGCCUGGGAGUCAUCCUGUACACCCUCGUCAGCGGCUCCCUGCCCUUCGACGGGCACAACCUCAAGGAGCUGCGGGAGCGAGUCCUCAGAGGGAAGUACCGGGUCCCUUUCUACAUGUCAACAGACUGUGAGAGCAUCCUGCGGAGAUUUUUGGUGCUGAACCCAGCUAAACGCUGUACUCUCGAGCAAAUCAUGAAAGACAAAUGGAUCAACAUUGGCUAUGAGGGUGAGGAACUGAAGCCAUACACAGAGCCCGAGGAGGACUUCGGGGACACCAAGAGAAUCGAGGUGAUGGUGGGUAUGGGCUACACACGGGAAGAAAUCAAAGAGGCCUUGACCAGCCAGAAGUACAAUGAAGUGACCGCCACCUACCUCCUGCUGGGCAGGAAGACUGAGGAGGGUGGGGACCGGGGCGCCCCAGGGCUGGCCCUGGCACGGGUGCGGGCGCCCAGCGACACCACCAAUGGAACAAGUUCCAGCAAAGGCACCAGCCACAGCAAAGGGCAGCGGAGUUCUUCUUCCACCUACCACCGUCAGCGCAGGCACAGCGAUUUCUGUGGCCCAUCCCCUGCACCCCUGCACCCCAAACGCAGCCCGACGAGCACGGGGGAAGCAGAGCUGAAGGAGGAGCGGCUGCCAGGCCGGAAGGCGAGCUGCAGUGCCGCAGGGAGCGGGAGUCGAGGGCUGCCCCCCUCCAGCCCCAUGGUCAGCAGCGCCCACAACCCCAACAAGGCAGAGAUCCCAGAGCGGCGGAAGGACAGCACGAGCACCCCCAACAACCUCCCUCCCAGCAUGAUGACCCGCAGAAACACCUACGUUUGCACAGAACGCCCGGGGGCUGAGCGCCCGUCACUGUUGCCAAAUGGGAAAGAAAACAGCUCAGGCACCCCACGGGUGCCCCCUGCCUCCCCCUCCAGUCACAGCCUGGCACCCCCAUCAGGGGAGCGGAGCCGCCUGGCACGCGGCUCCACCAUCCGCAGCACCUUCCACGGUGGCCAGGUCCGGGACCGGCGGGCAGGGGGUGGGGGGGGUGGGGGUGUGCAGAAUGGGCCCCCUGCCUCUCCCACGCUGGCCCAUGAGGCUGCACCCCUGCCCGCUGGGCGGCCCCGCCCCACCACCAACCUCUUCACCAAGCUGACCUCCAAACUGACCCGAAGGGUCGCAGACGAACCUGAGAGAAUCGGGGGACCUGAGGUCACAAGUUGCCAUCUACCUUGGGAUCAAACGGAAACCGCCCCCCGGCUGCUCCGAUUCCCCUGGAGUGUGAAGCUGACCAGCUCGCGCCCUCCCGAGGCCCUGAUGGCAGCUCUGCGCCAGGCCACAGCAGCCGCCCGCUGCCGCUGCCGCCAGCCACAGCCGUUCCUGCUGGCCUGCCUGCAUGGGGGUGCGGGCGGGCCCGAGCCCCUGUCCCACUUCGAAGUGGAGGUCUGCCAGCUGCCCCGGCCAGGCUUGCGGGGAGUUCUCUUCCGCCGUGUGGCGGGCACCGCCCUGGCCUUCCGCACCCUCGUCACCCGCAUCUCCAACGACCUCGAGCUCUGAGCCACCACGGCCCCAGGGCCCUUCCUCUUCCUCUCCCUUGUCCCCUUCACUUCUAAAGGAGGGGAAGGGGCCAGGGAGGGAAAUUCUCCCUUUAUCAUCACCUCAGUUUCCCUGAAUUAGAUUUGGGGGCAAAGAUUGUCCCCUCUGCUGUUCUCUGGGGCCGCUCAGCACAGAAGGAUGAGGGGGCUCAGCGGGGGGAGCUGGCACCUUCCUGGAGCCUCCAGCCAGUCCUGUCCUCCCUCGCCCUACCAAGAGGGCACCUGAGGAGACUUUGGGGACACGGCAGGGGCAGGGAGGGAAACUGAGGAAAUCUUCCAUUCCUCCCAACAGCUCAAAAUUAGGCCUUGGGCAAGGGCAGGGAGAGCUGCUGAGCCUAAAGACUGGAGAAUCUGGGGGACUGGGAGUGGGGGUCAGAGAGGCAGAUUCCUUCCCCUCCCCUCCCCUCACGCUCAAACCCCCACUUCCUGCCCCAGGCUGGCGCGGGGCACUUUGUACAAAUCCUUGUAAAUACCCCACACCCUCCCCUCUGCAAAGGUCUCUUGAGGAGCUGCCGCUGUCACCUACGGUUUUUAAGUUAUUACACCCCGACCCUCCUCCUGUCAGCCCCCUCACCUGCAGCCUGUUGCCCAAUAAAUUUAGGAGAGUCCCCCCCCAACCCCAGUGCUGACCCUAGGGUUUUCCUUCCCUGCCCUCACCUGCAAAUGAGUUGAAGAAGAGGCCUGGGAAUCCAGGCAAUGGUUUUUCCUUUCGGAUCCUCGGUUUUCUCAUCUGCAGAAUGGGAGCAGUGGGGGUGGGAAGGUAAGAAUGGCCGUGGAAGAAGACAGGAUGGAACUCGGCCUCAUCCCCGAGGCCCCAGUUCCUAUAUCGGGCCCCCCAUUCAUCCACUCACACUCCCAGCCACCAUGUUACACUGGACUCUAAGCCACUUCUUACUCCAGUAGUAAAUUUAUUCAAUAAACAAUCAUUGACCCGUGCCUA